AUGUUUGGUUUUCCUUCAUCAUCAAAUCAUCAAGCGAAUAAUAAUAAUAACUCACGACUUAAUAUCAACACAUCACCCAACAAUCCAUUCUCACUAUCAUCGUUGGCUGUUGAUAUUUCUUCAUCAUCAUUUAUACAAUCCCCAACACAGGGAAGUCAUCACAGUGGUGGCACUCCAGAUUGGCUCUCUUCUUCCAUACCAAUGACAUCUCCUUCUGAAAGUCAUCAUUUAAUGGAUAAUUCUCAACAAUUGUUUCAAAAACAUGAUGAUGAUGAAGAACCACAGUGGCUGAGUAACUCUAACGAUCAACACGAGGAUGAUUCUGUCUUUUCUCCUAAUGGUUUACGUGAUGAAGAACAUCAACAUCAAACUAAUACUGUUCACAAUUCUAAACAUCAACAACAUUCUAUUAAAACACCUAAUCACACCCACGAUUCACACCAUCCCUUUGAUAUUUACGAAAUUUACUCUGAUGAGUAUGAUGAAGGUGUUUUAUUAUCAGAAAAUCACUUUUUUAGACAAAUAUUACAUCCAAUUGGUAUGUUUGUUCUUUGA